UUUCUCAUUCCUGCCACUAGCGCGCUCCGCGGCUCAUUCCGCGGCCGCCGCCAGCUGAGGGGAGCGUCGCGGGCCGAGGAGCAGAUGCCGCGGGGGCCGCUCGCAGCAGCCGCCGCCGACUUGUGAAUGGGACUCGGACUGGGGCCCGGGCUGACACCGCUGCGCACACCCAGUGCCAGGGACCGCCGGCCGGGAGGUCGCGUUCGCCCACUAGGGCUCCAGAAAUCACUGUGCUUUUGGCUUUGUGGCCCUGUGAAGACAUUCAUUUCUGUUGUUAUUUGUUGAAUGACCAAACAGAUGGGUGGAGUAUGUUAUAGGAAUUGGCAGCAAGUGUCCAAUGGGUGAAGAAGAAGCUGACUGGGGAAGUGGGCAGCCCUGACGUGAUGUCCUCAGUGAGUGAAGAUAACCCAUUCCAGAGGAGGUCUACUUGACACAUCUGGGCAGCCGCCAUCUGAAAGACUACCACUCUGUUGGUGUAGGGAGUGACAGCUGCAUUCUCCUGUGCCUACUGCAUAACCAAAAAUGAAGGAGAACUACUGUUUACAAGCUGCCCUGGUGUGCCUGAGCAUGCUAUACCACACCCAGGCAGUUGCCCUGGAGCGACGAAACCACCUGAGGCCCUCAUUCCAUGGACACCAUGAGAAGGGCAAGGAGGGGCAGGUGCUGCAGCGCUCCAAGAGAGGCUGGGUCUGGAACCAGUUCUUUGUGAUAGAAGAGUACACUGGGCCUGACCCUGUGCUUGUGGGCAGGCUUCAUUCUGAUAUUGACUCUGGUGAUGGGAACAUUAAAUACAUUCUCUCAGGUGAAGGAGCCGGAACCAUUUUUGUGAUUGAUGACAAAUCAGGGAACAUUCAUGCCACGAAGACACUGGACCGAGAAGAGAGAGCCCAGUAUACACUGAUGGCUCAGGCAGUGGACAGGGACACCAACAGGCCACUAGAACCACCAUCAGAAUUCAUUGUCAAGGUCCAGGACAUUAAUGACAACCCUCCGGAGUUUCUGCAUGAAACCUAUCACGCCAAUGUGCCUGAGAGGUCCAAUGUGGGAACAUCAGUAAUCCAAGUGACAGCCUCUGAUGCAGAUGACCCUACUUAUGGAAAUAGUGCCAAGUUGGUGUAUAGCAUUCUUGAAGGACAACCCUACUUCUCAGUGGAAGCACAGACAGGUAUUAUCAGAACAGCCCUUCCCAAUAUGGACAGAGAAGCCAAGGAGGAGUACCACGUGGUGAUCCAGGCCAAGGACAUGGGUGGACACAUGGGCGGACUCUCAGGGACAACCAAAGUGACGAUCACACUGACUGAUGUCAAUGACAACCCACCAAAGUUUCCGCAGAGCGUGUACCAGAUGUCUGUUUCAGAAGCAGCUGUCCCGGGGGAGGAAGUAGGAAGAGUGAAGGCUAAAGACCCAGACAUUGGAGAAAAUGGCUUAGUCACAUACAACAUCGUUGAUGGAGAUGGCAUAGAACUAUUUGAAAUCACAACGGAUUAUGAGACACAGGAAGGUGUGGUGAAACUGAAAAAGCCUGUAGAUUUUGAAACCAAAAGAGCAUAUAGCUUGAAGGUAGAGGCCGCCAAUGUACACAUUGAUCCGAAGUUCAUCAGCAAUGGACCUUUCAAGGACACUGUGACGGUCAAGAUUGCAGUAGAAGAUGCUGAUGAGCCUCCCAUGUUCUUGGCCCCAAGUUAUAUCCAUGAAGUCCAAGAAAAUGCAGCUGCUGGCACUGUGGUUGGGAGAGUUCAUGCCAAAGACCCGGAUGCUGCCAACAGCCCGAUAAGGUAUUCAAUUGAUCGUCAUACUGACCUCGACAGGUUUUUCACAAUUAAUCCAGAGGAUGGUUUCAUUAAAACCACCAAACCUCUAGAUAGAGAGGAAACCGCCUGGCUCAACAUCUCUGUCUUUGCAGCAGAAAUUCACAACAGACAUCAGGAAGCCAGUCCAGUGGCCAUCAGGAUCCUUGAUGUCAAUGACAAUGCUCCUAAAUUUGCUGCCCCUUAUGAAGGCUUCAUCUGUGAGAGUGAUCAGACCAAGCCACUCUCCAACCAGCCAAUAGUUACAGUUAGUGCAGAUGACCAGGACGACACAGCCAAUGGACCAAGAUUUAUCUUCAGCCUACCCCCUGAAAUCAUUCACAACCCAAAUUUUACAGUGAGAGACAACAGAGAUAACACUGCAGGAGUAUAUGCCCGUCGAGGAGGGUUCAGUCGGCAGAAGCAGGACUUUUACCUCCUACCCAUCGUGAUCAGCGAUGGUGGCAUUCCACCUAUGAGUAGCACCAAUACCCUCACUAUCAAAGUCUGUGGAUGUGAUGUGAAUGGGGCACUGCUGUCCUGUAAUGCUGAGGCCUACAUCCUGAAUGCCGGCCUGAGCACUGGGGCCCUCAUCGCCAUUCUUGCUUGCAUUGUCAUUCUCCUGGUCAUUGUUGUAUUGUUUGUGACUCUGAGGAGGCAAAAGAAAGAGCCACUCAUUGUGUUUGAGGAAGAAGAUGUUCGUGAGAACAUCAUAACCUAUGAUGAUGAAGGAGGUGGUGAGGAAGACACAGAAGCCUUCGACAUUGCCACCCUGCAGAAUCCUGAUGGUAUCAAUGGAUUUAUCCCUCGCAAAGACAUCAAACCUGAGUAUCAGUACAUGCCUAGACCUGGGCUGCGACCAGCACCCAAUAGUGUGGAUGUAGAUGAUUUCAUCAACACAAGAAUACAGGAGGCAGAUAAUGACCCCACGGCCCCUCCGUAUGACUCCAUCCAAAUCUAUGGUUAUGAGGGCAGGGGUUCUGUGGCAGGGUCCUUGAGCUCCUUAGAGUCUGCCACCACAGAUUCAGACCUGGACUACGACUAUCUACAGAACUGGGGACCUCGCUUUAAGAAACUAGCAGACUUGUAUGGCUCCAAAGACACUUUUGAUGAUGACUCUUAACAAUAAUGAUACAAAUUUGGCCUUAAGAACUGUGUCUGGCAUUCUCAAGAAUCUAGAAGAUGUGUAAACAGGUAUUUUUUUAAAACAAGGAAAGGCUCAUUUAAAGCAAGCAGAGUUUUACAGAGAGGAAACAUUUAAUAAAACUGCAAGGACAUUGAAGUGGUAAAUACUGUGAAGUACCUUUUCCCACUAAAAAAAGCAAAUAUUGAAGUUGUUUAUCAACUUCAUUAGAGAAAAACCACUUGGCACACAAAAUAUUUAAAUGAAGGAAAAGUCUACAGUGAACUUACAAUGAAGGGAAAUCGUCUAUGUGUUAUGAACAUCUAAGUCUCUCUUAUUUUAUUUUUUAAUUUGUCAAAGAAGCUUCCACAAAAUUAGAAAGGACAACAGUUCUGAGCUGUAAUUUCGCCUUAAACUAUGGACACUCUAUCUGUAGUGCAUUUUUAAACUUGAAAUAUAUAAUAUCCAGCCAGCUUAAACCCAUACGAUGUAUGUACAAUACAAUGUACAAUUAUGUCUCUUGAGCAUCAAUCUUGUUACUGCUGAUUCUUGUAAAUCUUUUUGCUUCUACUUUCAUCCUAAACUAAUACGUGCCAGAUAUAACUGUCUUGUUUCAGUGAGGAGCACCCUAUUUCUAUGUCAUUUUUAAUGUAUCUAUUUGUACAAUUUUAAAGUUCUUAUUUUAGUAUACAUACAAAUAUCAGUAUUCUGACAUGUACGGAAAUGUUACAGCAUCACACUUAUAUUUUAUGAACAUUGUACUGUUGCUUUAAUAUGAGCUUCAAUAUAAGAAGCAACCUUUGAAAUAAAAAAAAGAUUCUUUUUUAA